AAGACGGUGUUACUCAUUGGGUGAGCCUGGUCUUCAUCGGAAAACUCCCCACUGAGUAAUUAUUUCGAGACCGCCCAUAUUUUACUUGCACGACCUCCCCUGUCUAAUUACUAGUUAAAAAUCCGCAGGACCACUGUUUACUCAGAAGUCGAUGGUGUUCAGUGCCAAACUCUUUGGACCGGCGGGUCAGGCGCUUUAGUUCAAGUCUCUCCAAGCUUCACGUGUUGGCGUUUCCCUGGUGGAAUACUAACGAAGGAGAGAGGGAGGAAGGACGGAGACUUUGACAAGAGCAGCGACUGAGACAGUAUGGUGAAGAUCGGAGUAAUCGCCAGGAAGGUUUGGAGCCUUCGCAAAAGCAUUAUAGUCUGCUUCACCCCACUGUUACUUUCUCCCGUAUUGCUGUUCAUGCCUCCAAAGGAGGGACGAUGUCUCUUUGUGGUUCUCCUGAUGGCUGUGUACUGGUGCACAGAGGCCCUACCAAUCCCAGUGACCUCCUUGCUGCCCAUCAGUCUCUUUCCUCUCCUGGAGAUCUUGCCGUCCAGUAAGGUUUGUCCUCAGUACCUCCUUGAUCCCAACGUUCUCUUCAUGAGUGGCCUAAUCAUGGCAUUGGCCGUAGAAGAGUGGAACUUACACCGGCGAAUAGCAUUAUCUGUCCUCCUCAUUGUGGGGUCGUCUCCGGCAAGGCUAAUCCUGGGAAUGAUGAUCACCACCAGUCUCCUGUCAAUGUGGCUCAGUAACACUGCCACUACUGCCUUAAUGAUGCCUAUAGCCAGGGCAGUGCUCCAAAGCCUGUUCUGCAGCAUGCAAGCUACCUGUGAGUCUGUGAAGCUGAACGACUGUGAAGAAGACUCAAGCUGUAAAGAUAAUACUUCAAAGGAACCACUGCCCAAUGAGGGGAUCCAUUUGUCUUCUGAUGACAGCAACACCCCGGAAAAACUUGACAUUAACGCCAGGUUUACAUUAAUGCAACAGAAGACAGAAGAAGAAAAGAAGAACCUGUGGAAAGGUUUCCUUAUCUGCAUCCCUUACGCUGCGAGCAUUGGAGGGACUGCCACACUGACCGGGACCACACCAAACCUGAUUCUGGUCGGGCAGCUGAAAAUUUACUUCCCUGGCAACGACAUGGUGAAUUUUUCCUCCUGGUUUCUGUUUUCAUUCCCUCUCGCGUUCAUCUUUCUGAUCAUUGGCUGGCUCUGGAUCGCUUUCCUGCAUGGAGGAUUCAAUAUAAGGUCAUGCAGCAAGAAGUCAAGUGAUAGUGAGUCCCAAGCCAGGGUGAAGGAUGUGAUACGGAGUGAAUACAAUAAACUGGGACCAAUCACGUUUGCAGAGGGUGCAAUUUCAGUUUUCUUCUUCUUAUUUGCAACUAUGCUUCUCACAAGAGAUCCAAAGUUCAUUCCUGGAUGGGCCAUUUUGUUCAGAAAGGGCUAUUUAUCUGACGCAGUGACUGGAAUGACGUUCGUUAUUCUACUGUGCUUCUUCCCAUCCCAAAAGCCUUCGUUGAAGUGGUGGUUUAAUCCAAAAGCCUCAGGGAAAACAAAUCCACCCCUGCUAUCCUGGUCGAAAAUCCAAAGUAACUUGCCCUGGAAUGUGAUCCUGUUGACUGGCGGAGGUUACGCCAUAGCCAAAGGCUGUGAGGCCUCGGGACUGUCUGUCUGGCUCAGUAACCAGCUUUACCCCCUCGUGAACGUCAAGCCAAGCAUCGCUCUCAUACUGGUCUCUUUGCUAGUGACGUGCUUCACUGAAUUUGCCAGCAACACUGCCACCAUUAUAAUACUACUACCUGUUUUAAUUAAGCUGUCUCUCCGGAUGAGGGUGAACCCUCUGUUCCUCAUGGUCCCAGCGACUGUUGUGUGCUCCUAUGCUUUCAUGCUGCCGAUAUCAACGCCUCCAAAUUCCAUUGCGUUUGCCACAGGCCACCUAAAGGUCAAGGAUAUGGUAAGAUCCGGGUUUGUCAUGAACAUCAUGGGGAUUCUCCUGCUUAUGGUAGCUGUGAACACGUGGGGUUACUACUUGUUCGAUUUGUCCACCUAUCCCAAGUGGGCAGAGCCUAUGCAAAACCUCACUCACAUCUCCCUGAAUGGCACUGCGUAAUAUAUGGCACCGUAGGUUGCAAACCUUGUGAGAAGCAAAGUAACAUUGAGGUUGUGAAGCAACACUCUCAAGGUUAGAUCGGCCCCAACUGUGCAAAAUGACCUGAAGAAUUUACAGAUCUUACACAUAUUUUAAUGAAUAUGAACUAAUGAUUUUUAUAUUGAAUAUAAAAUGAUAAUUGUAAAAAGUUA